CAUACAACAGCAAUCAGCAAUAAAAUAAUGACAACAUUUUUAAAGAUAUAUUUUAUUGUAACUGGAGCACUUGUCGUACAUGUUAUGUCUUUCAAUCCAUUGUUAACAUAUAAUAUACGUUUUAAAAAAAUAUAUGCAAAACCUAACAUAACUUUGGAUUAUCAUUCGAUCGAUCAAUAUAAAGAUGCACAAUUUAUAAAUAGUCAAAUUACAAUCAAUUCGAAAGAACUUAUAAAUAAAGUUGUUGGAGUUUUCUAUCGUUGUGAUCCAGAAGGCAUUAACUGUGAAUACUUUCAAACUUGGAAAUUAACAGAUAUCUGUCCUAAAUUAAAGGACAAGAACCAAAUAUGGUCCCGUUGGUAUAGUUCGUUUGAUCCACCGAUGCAAUGUCCAAUAGAUAAAGUACAUUACAAAAUAAUAAAUGGUACUGCUGAUAUUGGUGUGGUACUAUUAUGGUAUCCUCAAGCAACUGAUUACCAAUGGAGAGUAGUUCAAAAUAUGUAUGCUGACGAUAUAUUUAUUGGUAGUUUCACGAUUGAAGCAUCAUUUUUUGGUUACAGAAAAAAAAUCAAAUCUAUUUUAAAACUAUAA